AUGUCCAGGUGCUCUUCUUGUCUCUGUCCUGAAGGUUUGAGUGGAAUAAGGUGUGACAGAGUAAUGUCAUCUAAAGGGCAACACUGCGGGGCUGUUUUGGAGGCCACCGAAUAUGAGCAGACAAUAGAAUCCCCCGGUUAUGACGUAGCAAUGCGAUUUGGGAAUCGAUAUAGAGACACGCCGUACGCACGUGGCCAGCAAUGCAGCUGGCUCAUCAAGGCACCUCCCGGUCAUGUAAUUAGCCUGUACUUCAAAGGUCCGAUAUUCAACAUAGCGGCAUUUGCUGAUGGUCUUUGUAACGACUACGUAGAAAUACGCUACGGGAAGUCCAUAGGUACCUCUGGGGCGAGGUUUUGCGGUUCGGAAAUCCCGACUAAGACGAUAACCACCCUGGGCAAUGCAGCGACCGUCCUUUUCCGUGCAUCUGAACGAGAAUGGCCGAUAGACAGGGUUGGAUUUAAACUAGCCUAUAAGAUCCACAGAAAAUCGCCCAAUCAGGGAACGUUUGAUAAUUUUCUGCGGAACGAUAAUUUGCGAGCUUUCUUCGGCGUUACGUUCGACCAUCAGGUUCAAGUUAUCAGACCUCUUAUCAAACCGAUGCCUAAUAAUCUUUUAGCAUAUUUUAAUAGCCUUUUACGACGAUGA